UCUUAAGCUCCGUGACGCGUCGCGCCGGCCCCUGCAGCCUGUGGAAGCCGCUGGUCCCCGGCUGGUCUCGGAGGUGCCGCCAGGAGUCGGUGGGCCCUGAGACAGUCCCUGGAUCUCGGGUUAGCAGUCUGUCUUUGCAUCUGAACCGUGGGAAGAAAGAGUCGUUGGUCGGCGGCACUCCUGCUGGACGGACACGAUGUUUUCCAAACUGGCACGUCUCCAGACCGUCGCUGUGCUGCGUCGGGCCGUUCACUCGACAGCGGCUUCGGCUACAUCAGUUGCGACGAAGAAAACGGUCCAAGGCCCGCCAUCCUCUGACUAUGUUUUCGAGCGGGAGUCUAAGUAUGGCGCACACAACUACCACCCGUUACCUGUCGCCCUGGAGAGAGGGAAAGGCAUCUACGUGUGGGAUGUGGAAGGCAGAAAAUACUUUGACUUCCUGAGCGCUUACAGCGCCGUCAACCAGGGGCACUGUCACCCGAAGAUCGUGAGCGCCCUGAAAAGCCAGGCGGACAAGCUGACCUUGACGUCCAGGGCUUUCUACAACAACGUGCUUGGCGAGUACGAAGAGUACAUCACUAAGCUCUUCGGUUACCACAAGGUUCUUCCUAUGAACACAGGAGUGGAGGCCGGAGAGACCGCCUGCAAACUUGCUCGGAGGUGGGGCUACGCCGUGAAGGGCAUCCCCAAGUACCGCGCAAAGAUCCUCUUUGCAGCCGGAAACUUCUGGGGCAGAACUUUGUCGGCUAUUUCCAGUUCCACAGACCCCAGCAGUUACGAAGGCUUUGGGCCGUUUAUGCCAGGCUUCGAACUCAUCCCCUACAACGACCUGCCUGCUCUCGAGCGUGCCCUUCAGGACCCAAACGUGGCUGGGUUCAUGGUAGAACCAAUUCAGGGGGAAGCGGGCGUCAUCGUUCCGGACCCAGGCUACCUGGUGGGCGUGCGGGAGCUCUGCAGCCAGCACCAGGUUCUGUUUAUUGCGGACGAGAUACAGACAGGACUGGCCAGAACUGGGAGGUGGCUGGCUGUCGACCAUGAAAACAUCAGGCCUGAUCUGGUCCUUCUGGGGAAGGCGCUUUCAGGGGGUUUGUACCCAGUGUCUGCAGUGUUGUGUGAUGACGACAUCAUGCUGACCAUUAAACCCGGGGAGCACGGGUCCACGUACGGGGGCAACCCUCUAGGCUGCCGUGUGGCCAUCGCAGCCCUCGAGGUCUUGGAAGAAGAGAACCUGGCUGAAAAUGCAGAGAGGAUGGGCGCCAUCCUGAGGAAUGAGCUCAUGAAGCUGCCCUCGGACAUCGUGACCGCCGUCCGGGGAAAAGGGCUGCUCAACGCUAUUGUCAUCCGAGAAACGAAAGAUUACGAUGCUUGGAAGGUGUGUCUGCGACUGCGAGAUAAUGGCCUCCUGGCCAAGCCCACCCACGGCGACAUCAUCAGGUUCGCGCCCCCGCUGGUGAUCAAGGAGGACGAGGUUCGGGAGGCCGUGGAGAUCAUUAACAAGACCAUCUUGUCUUUCUGAGAGGGGCACUGUCCGCGGGUCUGGGGCCGGCUGGAGACUGGCCCCCGGCAACGUCCUGUCAGCCUCUGCGCCUUCUGCUCUGGACGCAGCACAUUCCACUCCCGUGUCUCCAAGGACCUUUGUAAAAACUGUAUUUUUUUCAGUUCGCACACGGUAGCAUGGCAUUUAUGAGUGUGCUGUGUGCUGUGGGAAUCGCGGCGUCGGUGCUCGAGGUGUGUGCUCUCUAAGGCGGUGCGCUGGCGGUGUGGGCCUUGGAUCGAGGCUGGGGUUCCUGUAGGUGGCUGUCAUUCCCUUGCUCGUGUAAAUGUAUUGUUUCAAAGGGCUGGAUGGGUUUUGCACAGAAGACUGGUUUUACUGUAUAAAGCUGAAUCUUGACUGUUGACUUUUAGGAAGUAUUAAGUGAUUAAGCUUAUAUAAACGACCGGAUUUAAAUAAACUUCAUAUUAGCCAUCACCAGG